AGGAAUAAUUGACCUGAAAACCAACAAAAAGAUAACAAUGCUGCGUUUUCUCUGCUGUUGCUGCUUCUCGGGCGAUUCCUCUGGGAACGAGAGGCAGCCUCUCUUGCACCCCACAGCACCAUCUCAGGUAAAUGGAGCUGAAUCAGCUAGGAAAGCUCGACCAGCACACAGUGAUGCAAAUACUGUGAAACGGAUAGGAAGGCUGGCAAUGAGAAGAGUGAAUGUGCCUGAGUUGGAUCGUAGGUUUAUUGACAUGGCAGAGACCUUUAAUGAGCAACAAGAACGCUAUGAAGCCAUGUUCCGACACAUCAGAAACCUGCAACAGAGCUUUGACAGUACCAGCAUUGAUAACCUGGCUUUUGCUGCAUGUGUGAGGAAGAUCAGAGAAGAGCAGAAAGCCACAUACAGGGUUUCUCUCAAGAUGAAGGGCUACGACUUCUCCCUCAGUUUUGUUCCUGUAGAUUUAGAGGGUGAGAAGGAGGAGAAACCACUGCCUCCAAAUCUGCGGCUGGCUGAGAAUGAAGUUAAAGGCAUUUCUGAAAGCGCUAAGGCCACCAUCUCAAAGGGUGCCACACUUCAAGAACUUAUUGGCUGGCUGCUCCGUAGCCAGGAUCAAAUGGUUGAGCAAGUAAAAGAGGCAGCAGAAACUUACCAAGAACAAGGGAGACUGAAUGAGAACCUGCAGGAGAAUAUAAGGGAAGUAAAGAGAGCCAAGGAGUUAUCACAGGGAUACAGGCAACAGGCUGGGAAAAUUCUCACAGAGGCUGCAGAGAUAGCAGGGGCUCAUCUGUAGUCCAUAUGCCUUUUUAAUGGUGUAUAUAUAUAUAUAAAUCAUCAUUCAUUCAUUUUCUGAACCGCUUAGUCCAGGCAUGUCAAACUGGUCCAGCAAAGGGCCGUGUGGCUGCAGGUUUUUGUUCCAGCCAGCCAA